GGUUUGGACAGAGGCUAUGAUUUGUGAGCUGUGCAAACGUUUGAACAUCUGCCUGAGACGGCUUGACUGUGCCAAAUAGGGGGGGGAAAAACUAAUGUGAAGCGAGGCACUAUCUCACUGUGUUUGUGUGUCAGCUUGUUAAUUGACUCAUGAAAUGCAAAACCUGAAUAAAUUGGACUUUUUUUACUCCAAAUUAAAAUGAAUUUAGGCCUAAAUAAAAGGGUGUUUACUAUUUAGUAGACUAGGCUACAUUUUAAAGACUUCAUAAUGUCAUGUUUAUUUUAGUAAACAAGGAAGUACUAUGGCAACCUAUUUAAGUUUAAAAUGCAGUGUAAACAUCCUCUUUAGUUGUGGCUAACAAACUUUAACCGGGCAUUCAUUGCAUUGUGUCUGGCUUUUAGCUGCUAUGGCUGGUUGCAGUGUCAUCAUUCUUGCCGUCUGUUCUGUGAGCAGCAGUCUAUUGUGGUAAUGAGUGCUGAUGCCCUGCGCGUGUGGGGGAGGACUACUGGUAAGAUAAACAGGCACCCAGUCAUCGCAGAGGAACAUGGCGGCACUGCCUUUACAUUGCCGUUUCCCGAUUUCGAAGGUCCUGGCAUAACAGUUUGCAUUUAUGGGAUUUCAAGUUACGUUGGUGAUAUUUGCUGAAGAUGAGUAGUGCGGGGGAGAACACCCCCGACCCUGCUGCCAGGGGAGAGUCCCUGAAGCGAAAAGAAUGUGGCCCAGACCUCCUGGGGCCCAGCCCAAAGCGGAGCAUGGAAAAACCGAACCGGGAGCAUGAAAACAAAUACAUUGAAGAACUGGCUGAGUUGAUCUUUGCAAACAUCAACGACAUUGACAACUUCAAUGUCAAGCCUGACAAAUGUGCAAUCUUGAAAGAAACUGUGAAGCAGAUUCGUCAAAUAAAAGAGCAGGAGAAAACAACUACUGCCAAUGCAGAGGAUGUUCAGAAAGCAGACGUCUCGUCAACGGGCCAAAGCGUUAUUGACAAAGAUGCUCUUGGACCAAUGAUGCUCGAGGCCCUGGACGGGUUCUUCUUUGUGGUGAACAUGGAGGGGAACAUUGUGUUUGUGUCUGAGAACGUGACCCAGUACCUGCUGUAUAACCAGGAGGAACUGAUGAACACCAGCGUCUACAGCGUCCUGCACGUAGGCGACCACGCAGAGUUCAUCAAGAACCUGCUGCCCAAGUCCCUGGUGAACAGCAGGGCACCGCGGUCCAGUGAGAACCCCAACAGGAAUAGCCACACGUUUAACUGCCGCAUGUUGGUCAACCCCCACGGGCCCGAGGAGGGGGGCGUGCAGGAGCCCAAGGACCAGGAGGUGCAGCAGAAAUACGAGACCAUGCAGUGUUUCGCCGUGUCCGAGCCAAAGUCCAUCAAAGAGGAGGGAGAAGAUUUCCAGUCUUGUCUGAUCUGUGUGGCACGAAGGGUUCCAGUCAAAGAGAGGCCCAUGCUCCCGACGUAUGAGAGCUUUACCACCAGGCAGGAUCUCCAAGGUAAGAUCACAUCGCUGGACACCAGUCUGUUGAGAGCCUCCAUGAAGCCAGGCUGGGAGGACCUGGUCAGGAGGUGCAUUCAGAGAUUCCACCUGCAGAACGACGGGGAGAUGUCCUUUGCAAAAAAGCAUCAGCAAGAAGUCCUGAGACAGGGCCAUGCGUUCAGCCCUCUGUAUCGCUUCUCCCUCUCCGACGGUACCAUCGUGUCAGCCCAGACCAAGAGCAAGCUAGCGCGCUCCCCUGCCACCAAUGAACCACAGCUCUACAUGUCCCUCCACAUCCUCCAGAGGGAGCAGACGAUCUGUGGGAUGAACCCGGACAUGUCUGGGCAGGGACAGGGGAUGGGGAAGCAGCCAAUGAACACCAUGUCCUCGCUGACCCCUCCCAGUGUGGUUGGGCCGUCCUCUGGGCUAGGGGUCCAGGGCCAGGACACAAUGGUCAGCAGCAAUACCAACAUGGCCACCAUGGGGGGCCUGCAGGGUGGACGUUACGGAUGCCAUGGGACUAUGAACCGCAUCCCCACUCCUCAGGGUGGCAGUAACUAUGCACUCAAGAUUGGGAUGAACAGCCUGUCGCAGGGAAGCCCCAGUGUGACCUCUCAGGGGGGUCAGGGUGGUGGUGGUGGUACCAUGCUAUCUCCACGCCACCGCCAGAGCCCCGGUGUGGCAGGUAGCCCCCGGGUUCCUCCCCCAGGACCCUUCUCCCCGACGGGAAGCCUUCACUCUCCGCCAGGGGGGUGUAACAGCACAGGGGUGGGGAACAGCUACACUGGUAACAGCUCCCUCAACGCACUUCAGGCCCUCAGCGAAUGCCACAGGGUCUCCCAGGCGCAGUCCUCAGGGUCACCUGACAGAAAGCCAAGCAACCUGCUGCAGAUGCAGAGUCACCCUGGUAGUGGUGGAGCCAGCAGCAGGAACAACUCCAGGCAGCUGGCCAACCGCAGCAGCACGUCUGAGAGAGAGAUGGAGAUGUUUGGAGUGUACGGAGAGCAGUCCCAGCCAGACGGGGAGGAGAGGGAGGACGGGGAGCAAAGGGAGUCGAAAGACGGCACCCCCGAGCCCUUCAUAGGAGGAGGGCCGGGAGGAGAGCUGACUGACGCCCAGAACAGGCUCCUCAACAGCAAGGGCCACACCAAGCUCCUGCAGCUGCUCACCAACAAGUCAGAGCACAUGGAACCCUGCUCGCCCCACGGGGGAGGGGACCCCAACUGUAAGGACCCUGGGAUGGGGCCGGGGGGCCACAACAACCACUCCUCCUCGCUGAAGGAGAAACACAAGAUCCUCCACAGACUCCUCCAGAACAGCACGUCCCCGGUGGAGCUGGCCAAGCUGACGGCUGAGGCCACAGGGAAGGACCUGGGUCAGGACCAAGGAGGACCAGACAGCAUGGCUGCCAGCGUGGCUGAGAUGGCCACCAAGCAGGAGCCCAUCAGCCCCAAGAAGAAGGACAACGCACUGCUGCGCUACUUGCUGGACAAAGACGACAACACCAUGCAGGAGAAAGGCAUCAAGAUGGAGCCAGGGACAGAGAUGAAGCUGGCCAACGUGAAGACGGAGAAGCAUGACCCGGGGUACAACAUGGCAGAUCAGUCUAGUGAGCUGGAAGACAUCUUGGAUGAUCUGCAGUGUAGCCAGCAGCAGCAGCUCUUCUCAGGCCAGCACCACCAGCAGCAGUCCAGACCCGUGUCUCUGCCCGCCAACGUAGACAAGCAGUCCAUUAUCAACGACAUCCUGCAGAUGACCGAGAACAACAGCAGUCCCACGGGCACCAACACCCAGCAGAAGGCCUUCCCAGGCAUGGGCCCAGGACACUUCAAUGGUCCCAGGAUGGGCCAGCCAGGACGAGUACCCCCUGUCCGCAGUAUGUCCCUGGAUCAGUCCAACAUGUCUGGCAAUGGUUCUCCCCGGCCCUUCCCUCUUCCCAGGAACAGCAGCCCCUACUCUGUCAUGCAGCAGCAAGCCAUGAUGGGAAACCACGGGAUGCUGCAGAGCCAGGCUAACAUGGGCAACGCAGGCAUGCCCCGGGCUGGCAUGCAGCAGGGUUGGGGUCCUCAGGGGCCAAUGGGCCAGGCUCUGCAGCAGAGAAUGGGGCCUGAUGGUCGCAUGGUGCCCAACGUCUCUGCUGGAGUCCCCAUGAGGCCCAGCAACCAGCAGCCUGGACUCAGACAGAUGGUCUCCAUGCAGAUGACGGGAAAUGAGAUGGAGAUGGCUGGUCCUCCCUACCCAGGGCAGCAGGCACCGCCCAAUCAGACUGCCCCGUGGCCUGACCGCAUGAUAUCUGUAGACCGUGGACUUUAUGACAACCAGAACAGACAGGUGUAUGGUAACCUCCAGGAGGAGGCGCUGUGUCCCCCCUCGCGGCCUGGGGAGGGGCCUUUGGAUGGGGAAGCCCUGCUCAGCCAGCUCUACUCAGUGCUGAAAGACUUUGACGGCCUGGAGGAGAUUGACCGCGCCCUGGGAAUCCCUACUCUGGGCCAGCAAGUGGAGCAGGAGCAGUAUCCUAGUCAGGAGUCGCCCAUGAUGAAGCCACCCAUGUACAGCCAGCACUACCCCCAGGCUGGCAGCAUGGCACAGGGCAACUACAUGGGCCAUCAAGACCCUGCCUUCCACGGUAUGCCCGGUCUGAUGGGCCAGCGGAUGGGCUACCCCAUGCUGCGACUCCCUGCCCGACCAGGAGGCCCGGUGCCCGCCCAGCCCAACAACCUCAGGCUGCAGCUGCAGCACCGACUACAGGCACAGCUGCAGAAUCGUCAGCCAAUGAUGAAUCAGAUGGGCGUGUCCAACAUGAACUUACCUCUCAGACCCAGUGUACCCAACCAGGGAACCCUUAAUGCUCAGAUGUUGGCCCAGAGACAGAGGGAGUACCUGAGUAACCACCUACGGCAGCGCCAGCAGCACGUCCACCAGAGAGCCAUGCUGAUGCGGGCCCAGGGCCUCAACAUCCCCCCCAACAUGGCUGCUGGUGCAGUUGGGCCCUCGCAGUCCCCCGGCAUGCCACCCGGCACCAACCCUCGGAUCCCCCAGGCAAACCCCCAGCAGUUCCCCUACCCGGCCAGCUACGGUACUGGGCUCACAUCCCCACCGCCCUCCACCAGCCCCUUCUCCCCGCUGUCCCCUGGUCUCCCGGGGGCUCAGCAGCUACUCUCCCCUCUCCACUCCUCCCCGAUCCCGCAUGGCUCCUCCCAGAUGAGUCUGGCUAAUCAGCAAGGGAUGAUGGGAAACGUAGGCGGACAGUUUGGAGCCGCAGUGAGUCCACAAAUGCAGCAGCACAGUGCCUUCCAGUUUCCCAGCUCAGGUAUCAACCAGCAGCAGCAGGACGCAGGCUUCAUCGGCGCCACCACCCCCCAGAGCCCUGUCAUGUCCCCCCGCAUGAGCCAUGCCCAGAGCCCCAUGAUGCAACAGCAGACUCAGGCCAACUCCACCUACCAGCCAUCCUCUGAGAUGAACGGCUGGCCUCAGGGCAACAUGUCAGGAAACAGCAUGUUCACGCAACAGUCUCAGCAGUACGUGCCCCAACAGCCUAACAGUGGAAUGUACAACGGCAGCAACGCCAACCCGAACAUGAGCGGUGUCCCCAUGGCCUCCAACGGCAGCAUGAGCAACAUGAACCAAAUGUCAGCAGGCCAGAUGACCAUGACCUCUGUGUCUACAGAAAGCCUUUCCUCCAUGGGCCCUGAGCAGAACUAUUGCUAACCCCGGUCGAUUGUGGGACAACACAGUAUAAAUGGCCAACACCCAAUGAAAACACUGGCAUCCAACCAAUCAAGGAGCUCCUGCAGUUCUACCUGGGUCUUUGAUUGGACAAAGACUCAUCUACUGAAAAACACAACUUCCUGAACCAACCAACUGCAUUCACCUUAGUGUGACUUAGGUCCUCCCCACACACACACACACACACACACACACACACACACACACACACACA